UGUUUCGGUGCUUUGUAGGGACAGAAUUUUUGUCUGGGAAUUAGGGUUUUGGUCGAGAUUUGGGAUGGCUAGUUCGAACGUAAGGAUUAAGCUGGAAAAGGUCUGAAUUUUGACACUUGAGCUUGUUUUGGAGAUUGAGCGAUUCGGGAACGCAAAUGGGGCACAACAAGCAGUGCGGCCGGGUCGAUACAUUAGAGUUGAAGGCGAUGAUCGUCCGACGAAUUGGGCAUCAGCGAGCAGAGAAGUACUUUGAUCAGCUGAAAAAGUUGUUCUCUUCCUCAAUUAGCAAGUCAGAGUUUAAUAGGUUGUGUAUGCAGACGGUCGGGAGGGAAACAAUCCCGCUACACAAUCAACUCAUCAGGUCAAUCCUCAAGAAUGCUUGCCUUGCGCAAUCACCGCCCUGUGGAAAUGCUAGAGCUAACCUCAGCAUCGAACCCGUGAAAGGGCAUCAAAAGAGUGGUCCCCAGUCGUUACAUGGUUUUGCAAUUCCUCCUUCGCCUCGCAAGAUAAGGUCUCUAGGCAAUCGCAGUUGCAAAUUCAGGGAUCGCCCGAGCCCUCUUGGGCCAUUGGGGAAGCCUCAAAUUGUUGCAUCCGAGGCAUUGGUUCAUAAAACCCUAGAACAACAGAGUCCGACGGAGUUACAGUCUCUUGGUAGCAAACCUCCAGCAGAAAUUGCAUCAGUGGAAGAUGGUGAAGAGGUCGAGCAGUUGGCUGGAAGUCCAGGCGUUCAAAGCAGGAGCCCGGUUACCGCUCCUCUUGGUAUUUCUGUAAAUUUUGGUGGAGCAGGUAAAUCUAUUUUCAGUCCAUCUCCGUUUGGUAGGUACAAUGCUGAGACCUGCUUAAACAGAAGCGAGCUACCCGAUACGAGUUCCUUGAGAAGCAUCAUGGAGCGCAAGUUGGAGAUGGAGGGCAUCAAGGUCUCGGUGAACUGUGCGAACCUCUUGAAUAAUGCGGUAGAUGCGUAUUUAAAAAGGUUGAUUGGGCCUUGUAUGAGUCUAGCUGGGUCUAAGCAUGGAUAUCAGCAUUCUGGACGAUGGGAUGAUCGUAUUGUAAAUUGUAGAAGUGGGAUGGGACCUGGGAGAAGCGUGCAGAAUCCAGUGAAUUCUGUUUGUGCGUCGGUGUUGGAUUUACGUCCUGCAAUGGAGUUGAACCCUGAAAUACUUGGAGAAAAUUGGUCUGUCCAGCUAGAGAAAAUCUCUUCACGUGCUUUCUGCGGGUGAAUACAGAUCCUGGUCCGAUGUUUAUCGUCAAAAGAGAUUGGUAUUUAUGAGCUGAGAAUUUUGUUAAAAGUGAUGAUGGAGCUUGUUGAUUUUAUUCUCCAUUGGAGGUUUUGGUAGAAAGUUUUGGUCUGGCAGUGAGUUUACCGGCUUGGACAAAUGCAGUAACUGAUUAGUUCCAGAUGCUGUGGAGAUCAUACUAGCUCUGGUCUACUUCCUUAUCUUUUUUCUUUUUCUUUUUUUUCUUUCUUGUCGUCGUCGCCGAAAGCAGGGCAUUGUCGUUAAUUUUUAACCCAUUAGAAAAUGUAAAUAUUUGGGCACAAUCAGGAUAGUCAGGAAAUUAGCAACAUUGGUGUGCUUUUUAUUUGUUUAUGGUUCUUCCCCUUUCCUUGUACCUCAAUUGAUAUACCAGUUGAACAUUAUACAGCAGAGAAUCUAUGUAGCUCAGACCGGCAUGGUUGCAA